GGAAGAAUGUCCCUUUACAUUGGUGAUUAGUGGGAAGAAUGUUCCCUUACAUUGGUGAUCAGUGAGAAGAAAUGCUCCUUACAUUGGUGAUCAGUUUGAAGAAUGUCCUUACAAUGGUGAUCAGCGGGAAGAAUGUUCCUUACAUUUGGUGAUCAGUGGGAAGAAUACCCCUUACAUUGGUGAUCAGUGGGAAGAAUGUCCCUUACAUUGCUGAUCAGUGGUAAGGAUAUCGCUCCUUACAUUGGUGAUCAGUGGGAAAAAAUGUCCCUUACAUUGGUGAUCAAGUGGGAAGAAUGCCCCUUACAUUGGUGGUCAGUGGGAAGAAUGUCCCUUACAUUUGGUGAUCAGUGGGAAGAAUGUUUCCUUACAUUGGUGAUUCAGUGGAAGAAUGCCCCUUACAUUGGUGGGUCAGUGGGAAGAAUGCCCCUUACAUUGGUGAUCAGU